AUGCCUAUGUUACAUAAUGAAUGUCUCGAAUGUCGAGCAGCAGUAACAGGAGAAGGCCUACAAUCAUCAUCACCACCAUGUUUAACGCCUUAUUCCAGCUACUCGGAUUCGGAUUAUGGUACCAAUGAUUCCUUAAUCACACCAAGAUGCUCACCUGCGGAUCGAUCCACGCUUCCUUUUCCUAUCAUGAUGAUGCCACAUCACGCACCAAAACAGCAACAACAAGAGCAACCACCAAUUCUACUUGCACCGUUACACAUGCUUGAUCACAAGACAAAGAAGACAAAUGAUUGUGAUACGGCUGCUAUGCAUAUGCCAACAUGCCUUUCUCGUCCGACGCUUCCAUCCAUCCGCUCAUUGUUGCUCGAUGAUUAA